UAUUCAUCAUUCCAAAAUCAUUUUGUUAAGUUUUUUUUUAAAUAAUUUUCCCUCAUCAAACGUAUCAAUUCUUUGCAAAAUUCCAUUGAUUAAUCCAUUCAGGAUUUUUGCUGUUGAUUUCGUAGAAAAAAGCGAGAAACAAUGAAAGAUCCAUUACUUCGUGAUUGUCGUUAUUUAAAUCCAUCAUCAUCAUCAACAUCGACAUCAAAUAAUAUGACUAGAUCAACAAUAUCAACAUCCGAAUCAGGACAAGAAUUAUGGCCAAUUGGUGUUAAAUUAGGUAUUGUACGUUUAGGUUAUUCAGCUGGAAAAUUAAAAUAUACAUUAGUUGAUGAACAAGAUAUUGUUUUAGCAAGAGAAUAUACAUUUGAAGCACGUUUAGAAGUAUUUAAUCAUCAUAAUAAUCGUAAUCAUAAUAAUUCAAAUACAUCUGGUUCGGGUGCUGUUGUAUUUGCUUAUGCAUAUCAAACAAAUCAAUCAACAUCAUUAAUUAAUAAUGAUAAUCAUAAUAAUGAUUUUAAUAAUAAUCAUGAAAAUCAAAUGAUAUUAUUACAAGAUUUAAUAUGGCGUCGUCAUUAUGGACCAAUACCGGAUAAUAAACGUGUUGUACAUCGUAAUCAUAUUUCAAUGGAUAAUCGUUUAGAUAAUCUUUGUUUAUUAGAUAUUGGUAAUCAUCAUUCAUCAUCAUCAUCAUCAUCAUCAUCGUCUAUUGAUGAUAGCAAUAAUAAUAAUACUACACAUGUUUGGUAUACAAUGGCUAAUCAGGUUCAUCAUCAUCAUCAUCAACAACUAAUUCAUAAUAAUAAUAAUCAAAGGUCAACAACAACAAUAGCAACUACAAGAGGUCAUCAUCAUCAUCAUGAUAUCAAUAAUAAUAAUCAAGUUGAACAUAAUAAUGGUCAACAGCAUCAACAACAACAACAACAACAACAGGUAAUGCCGGUUGAAAAUCAACCUGUAUCAUCAUCAUCAUCAUCAUCAUCAUCGCAGCAACAACAACAACAUUUUCAACCACCUAAAUCAUCAUCAAAUGAUCUUCAUUUGACAUUAUAUUGGGCAGCAAUACAACAAUUACCACCGGAACAUUUACAACAACAACAACAACAACAGUCAACAUUACAAAAUUCAAUCGAUAGUCAAGCAGAAGUAAAUAGUGCAACAAGAUGUUAUGAUUAUCGUGGAAAUUUUUUAAAUCAAGAAUCAACCGAAUCACCAAUAAGCUAUUUUGAAUGUCAUUAUGGACCUUGUGUUCGUAUUGAACGUUGUCCAAGAGAAUUUUCAAUUUGUGGACGUUGUCAAGAAACAAGAUAUUGUGGUCAAACAUGUCAACAAUUGGAUUGGCCAUAUCAUAAACGUUAUUGUCGUUAUAAAGCACGUCGUCAAUCAUUGGCACCAUAUUCAUACCGAUCAUCAUCAUCAAAUUCUUCCAACGCUUCUAUCGCUUCAAUAACCUCGAAUACUACCACCACCACCGCCGCUGCUGCUGCAUCACCAUUAUCAUCUUCAUAUUCACAUCGUCAAUGUUUACUUCGAUAAAUCAGACAAUUUAAACAGAAAAAGAUCUCAUUCUCAUUGUUUUCGAACGGACAAAAAACAAAACAAAGAAAUUUGAUAAUUUAAUGAAUUUUUUUCAUAGGGAAAAAC